GAGAACACUCAGCUCUGUCCAACCCACCCCAGCCCCACCCUUCAUCAGAAAGAGAGAGAUAGAGCCACCAACUCCUCCCUUUUCUACACUCUCUCUCUCUCUUUCAACCACCCCUUUAAACAUUAAAGCCCACAACAUAUAUCUAUCCCCACAUCUUCUUCCAUCUAUCUCAGUUUACAAGAGUCUCUCACACUCAACCCCAAACCUGGAAAUUGUUGCCCAAAAAAAAAAACCAAAAAAGUGGUUAAAGAUGGGAACUUUCUUACUUCAAGCUCUGUUCAUCGUAGCUUUCCUAUUAUCGCCCUCUAUUAGCCUCAAGAUCGGAGAGACUUGUUCCGUAGAUAAAGAUUGCGACGCCGGUUUAAGCUGCCAAACAUGCGCUGCAAAUGGUAAUACCCGACCCAGAUGUACACGGAUUCAACCCACAAAUCCUACAUCUAAGGUGAAAGGUCUUCCCUUUAAUAAGUACACAUGGUUGACGACCCACAACUCGUUCGCUCAAGCUGGUGUAAGGUCGUCCACUGGAAAUAUCAUCAUUGCUCCGAUGAAUCAAAACGACACCGUUACAUCUCAGCUUCAAAAUGGAGUUCGAGGAUUUAUGUUGGAUAUGUAUGACUUUCAGAACGACAUCUGGUUAUGUCACUCAACUGGGGGUCAAUGUUACGCUGUCACAUCAUUUAAACCUGCUCUUGACGUGCUGAAAGAAAUUAAAGCAUUUUUGGAUGCAAAUCCCUCAGAGAUUGUCACUAUAUUCAUCGAAGAUUAUGUAACAUCUCCAUCAGGCUUGUCAAAAGUCUUUGAAGCAGCUGGCUUAAAGAACUUUCUGUUCCCAAUGUCUCGAAUGCCAAAGGAUGGGAAAGAUUGGCCAACCGUUGAUGAUAUGGCUAAGAACAACCAGAGGUUGGUAGUCUUCACCUCUAAGUCAUCUAAGGAGGCUUCAGAUGGAAUCGCUUACGAGUGGAACUAUGUCGUAGAAAAUCAAUAUGGAAAUGGUGGGAUGAUACCUAACUCAUGUCCGAAUCGUGCUGAAUCAUCUCCCCUGAACACAACUUCUAAGCCACUAGUUCUGGUGAACUACUUCCGUGAUAUGCCUAAUGCAUCCGCAACUUGCAUGGAUAAUUCAGCUCCAUUACUGCGCACGAUAAAAACUUGUUAUGAUGCAGCUGGGAAACGGUGGCCAAACUUCAUUGCUGUUGAUUAUUACCAGAAAAGUGAUGGCAGUGGAGCUGCUGAAGCCGUGGAUAAAUCAAAUGGUCAACUGACAUGUGGGUGUGACAGUAUUACAUAUUGCAAGGUGAAUGCUACAACUGGAAAUGCUACCUUUGGUUCAUGUGAUGUCCCAAAACUUGCUCCACCACCGCCUGCAUCCCUCGGCAUUUCACCUUCUCCUCCUCAAGGUCCUAGUAGUAACUUUGCUCCUCAGGAUAGCACAUCAGUCCUGUUGAGGUGGUUCUGUGCAACAAUUUUGGCUGCCACGCUCUCAAUGCAGAUAUAAUUGCUGCACACCGUACCCUGUUGUAACCUCCCUUGUAAUUUUUUAAACCACACGCAAAAUCUUAUAUCAAAAGCAAUUGAUUCAUCAUUCUGGGUAUUGAGGUGAGAUAUUCUGGAGAUGUAUAUAUGAUGGACUUCUCAGUUCUCAUAUUCUACGAGUUUAUGAUUAAUAAUAUCAUAUCUAUUAGAGUAUAUAUUAGACAAUUUUUGGAUUUGCCAUAUCAAAAUAGAUUUUAUUAGUGA